CUGCAGAUCGCCGUCAAAACAUGCACAAUACCGUUAAGAACGCAGACUGCAUUGACACACAUAUUUGAAUAAAACUUCAUUGCUUUGGUUAAAUGGUCUGCAGAUUGUUUAAUGGCACAAGAAGCACAUAGAAUGAUAACUAAAUUAGAGAAAGAGUAAACAGCUUUGUACUCCACUUAAUUGCAUCAUGAGUAUAUAAGGCAUGCGACCUUCAAUUURGUAUCAAACCACAACAAACGUUUCAGUAGUUGGUCAAUUUAACCAAAAAUGUGGCGUUUAYUUUUAUUCAGCAUCCUAAUUGCAUCCACACAUAGCGCGCUCUAUACGCCGCUUUGUCCAGAUGGUGGUGAGCCGGUGUGCGCGAAGAGUGGCUUCGAAUUCAUUUACUUCGAGAACGAAUGUAAACUGAAUGUCUUUAGCUAUAAAGAGCUAUUUGCUGGCCGACCAAGUCCCACUAAGGUGUCGYUGGUGGAAUGUUUCUCUAAUUGCGCUGGAAUCGUAUGCCCCGCAAUAUUCCAGCCAGUUUGCGCRCAGCAAGUGCCUGGAGGUACYGUGCAAACCGCGUCCAAUGCCUGCCUAGUGAAUCAGUUGAUUUGUCAGACGAGACAACAAUGGGUAAUCAUAGCGAAUGGUACAUGUCCAGAAACUUCAGUACCCAACCAUAGCUACUCUGCAUCUUCUAGCAAUGAUGCAGCGCCGCCUUACUCGCCAGCGGCUUCUUACACGCCAACGCUAGCUGCUGUACCGGUCCCUGCACCAAAUUACGAGCCUAAGGCCACAUAUGAACCAACAGUUGCGCCAGCAACAACAUAUUAUCCACCACAGGCGCCAGCAGCACCUUCUGAACCCGUUCCGACCACAAGCUAUAACGCUCUGACACGCUCAGAUUCAGUUCUAUCCAGUUCUUACUCUACUCCAGCACCUGUUGAACCCACACCGACCGCAAGCUAUAACGCUCCGGCGCCUCAAACGUGUACUGCUGAUUACUCAGCUUUGGCACCAGAACCAGUUCCCGCCGAUUCUUACGCUGCACCAGCGCAAGAUUCUUACGCAGCACCGAGCCAAACUUUACCGACUGUUCCCUCACCUUACUCACCACCAGCAGCGCCUGACUCUUAUAUAGCAGCAGCAGAUCAGAGUCCAUCGCCUGGCGCCAAUUCUUAUUUAGCCACAGGAGUAGAUCCUGCGCCAUUCGCUUACCCACCUUCUGAUUAUAAUGCGGCACCGGCGACUUUGCCACUUGCAAACACAUGCCAAGCAUCUUACAGUCAAGAACCAAAAUCAGGAUAUGCUUCACUAUCUGCAGUUGAUUCAUACAGUGCGCCAUCUUCAGCAGUAUCUUCAUUAAAUUACGCAGCACCUGCGCCAGCUUCAGUCCCAGCCACUUACGAUUCAGCGCCAUUACCUUACACAGCAUCUGAUUAUGCAUCACCUCUACAAAGCCAAGCGGCUUAUCCGGCACCAGCACCAGCUCCAGCUCCAUCCACAUACGAUCCUGCUUCAUUACCUUAUUCAACGUCCGAAGCUAUUCCUGCUCCGGCACCAUCUACGUAUCCUGCACUAGCAUCAGCAGUUGCUUCUACUUCUUAUGGAAGCCCAGCCACUUACGAACCAGCGCCACUACCUUACUCUGAAACCGUUCCUGCUUUGCCACCAUCAAUUUAUCAGGACGCUCAAUUUUCAACCGUUUAUGCAUCACCUGUACCGAAUCCCACGGCUUAUCCUGCACCAGAACCAGCAYCAGCCUCAUAUGAUCCUGCUCCAUUACCUUAUUCARCAUCCGAAGCUAUUCCUGCUUCGGCACCAGCUGCGUAUCAAGAUACCUCUCAACAAUCUCCAUCUUAUGCAUCACCUGCACCGAGUCUAACUACUUAUCCUGCACCAACACCAGCCUGCACCAACACCAGCACUUCUUAUGGUAAUCGGGAUCAGUAUUCGGUAGAAACUCUAUCCUCUUACUCACCAUCGAGUCAGUACCCUACAGCUACAGCCAAUCAAGCUACAGAUUCAUAUAGCGCACCUAGUCAACCUGCAUAUUCAGACGCUAAUCAGAAUCAAGCCGCGGCAAUACCAUCACCAUAUAGUGCUCCAGCUCCUGCUCCUUACUCAGUCUCUGAUCAAUAUACGGCACCAGAUCCAAACUYUUACGCGUCCACAAACCAAAAUUCUAAACUUGGUCCCGAUUCUUACCUCUAUCCUAGUACAGCCCUAGMCACAGAUCUAAGCUUACAUUCUGCUCCUACUUCAGCAUCGUUGUCAUCRUCAAUUCCUUACAMAGCGGAAUAUCCAUURCCUGCUCCUGUGGCCUUACCAGAUCCUGCAAUCGAUUCCGCUARUUAUACGCCGACAUCUGCUUACUCGCCGACACCAUCGCCGCCUGCAUGUACGUGCGCAUCAAAUUCAGCGCAAUCUGUUCCGUGGCGGUCUUCACAACCRAAAAUUGCGUCGCUAAAAUACGAUAUUCCUGCGAUUAUUGGAGGUCAAAAUSAUAUUUCGGAAGCAUAUACACCAGACAUCGAUGCUUUAAUUUCGAAAUGGAUUGAUAGUAACCCCCUGAUAUCAAAGAAUUGCUUGCAGUCUCUUGCGCCCUUUUAUUAUCAGCCUACUUAUACGCUCAUCGAAUAUAGAGGUUCGAAAGAUCCACGUUCAUAUUAAAAAGUGACKUAUAGACUGAACUGAAGUUUAGACUCGAUUAAUUUCCAAUGUGAUUCCUGUAUGAAUGUGUGUAUGUAGUUGUAAGAUUCCUCGACCCAUUGGCAUUGUUUAUAUAUAAACAUGUACCCAUAAUAGUUAUUCUUUAAAUAUAUA